CAGACUCACGGCCGAUGUGUUUGCGUGUUCGUUGACGUGCGAAAGUGAAAUCGUGUCAUAUGCUACAGAUUAUCCACGUCAAACAAUCGCACAACCAUGCAGGACGAGGUCUUGCUGCCGAUUGAUAUCCAAACCAACAAGUUGCUGGAUUGGCUGAUAAGCAGACGACACUGUAACAAGGAUUGGCAAGCGAAAGCAUUGGUUGUGCGCGAGAAGAUCAAUGGUGCCAUCCAGGACAUGCCGGAGGUGGAGGAAAUCACUAAUCUGCUCGCGGGAACGUACAUCCACUACUUCCACUGCCAGAGGAUAGUGGAAAUCUUGAAGGACACAGAGGCCAGCACGAAGAACCUGUUUGGCCGAUACUCGUCACAGCGGAUGAAGGACUGGCAGGAGAUUAUUCGCCUCUACGAAAAAGACAGUGUUUACCUUGCGGAGGCUGCUCAGAUGAUCAUACGCACUGUCAACUAUGAAGUACCAGCAUUGAAGCGUCAGAUUGCAAAAUGUCAGCAAAUCCAAGAGGAAGCAGUCAAGAAAGAGGCCGAUUAUGCCAAGCAUGCCCAAGACCUGAGGGACAGGUACCAACAAGAAUGCAAGCAGUUGGGCAUAAAGGGCGAGUGCAUCAAAAAGGAGCUUCUCUCUCUUCUGGACGAGUUGCCUGGCCUCUUCGAAAGCGCCGUCAAGGAACUGCACAAGGCUCAGCCGGCCAUUGACCUGUACAGGCUGUUCCUGGGCUUCACAGUGCCAUCAAGCAAAGCAGAAGGCAGCAGCAAGGCAGUGCCGCUGAUGCAAUUCCUUAUCACUCAUGGCAAUGUUACAACGUAUCAGUGGCGGCAUGGGGAGCCGCCGGAGGUGGUUGAGGAAACGCUGCCCGUGUUACCAGUGGACAUCGAUAAUGGCAACAGCGAUGAUCAGAUCGAUUUUGGUGACCUCGAUCUUGGGACUGCUGCCACAGACUCCACUGCCACGUCCCCAAAUGGAGAUUUCGUGCAUGUAGGCUUUGGCGAGGGCGAAGAGGCAAUCGAAGUAGUUGGAGGGGAUGCCAUCUCUUGGGACAUUAGUGUCGAAGCAGACGGCACUGCGGGAGAUGGCACUGCUGAGAAGAUCCUUGAGGGUCAGUCGAGUCAUCAUGCGGGUGCCAAAGUGGCCAGAGGUGCAGAUGCCCUGUCGCUGCUUCACAAUCCGGAGACUAGGACGCAGUUCUUCAACGAGCUUGAGGAGCUGGAGUGCUUCCUGGCCCAGUGGCUGAGUGAGAUGCAGCUCGACGGAGACGCACUCUCGGCCAGCGUGCUGCAACAGGCCCCUGCCGAGGUGCAGCUGCAGACGCGCGAGUCGGUGCUGGCACACCUGGGCACUGUGCGGUCGUGCCUGUCUUCUCUGAGGACGGUGCGCAUGCAGCACCUGUACCAACUGCACAGCUCGCCCAAGUAUGUCGACCGCUUGGUGGAGACGCUGCAGCAGAAGCUGUACUUGGCCGACAAGAACUUGCAGUCUCGAGAAGCAGUGGCCACUCGACGCCAGGAGGCACUCGACGAGCAGCGGCAGCUGCAGCCAAAGCUGGAGCUCAUCUUGGCCAAGAUCAGGCAGCUACAAAAACAGGUGCAAGACGAUAUCUCGAAGAGGUAUAAGGGGCGACCUGUCAACAUAAUGGGAGGAAUCAAUGUGAUGUGACGACUUGUGUUCUAGCAAGACCUGUUAGUGGACGGGCCGAAUGGCCUCUGACCACUGCAAGUGAACCGCACCGUUGCCCAAUGGCUUGCUUGGUCACAACCACUGACCCCUGGGCAUGUUGGGCUUCUUGUUGGCUCUCCAGGCACUUGUGAAGGUCGGAGAUAGUAAAAGACACAGGUGUAAACAAAUUGUACACCCUUUGGGGUGUGCACUAGCAGUGUGCGAUAUCAUGAUUCGCCUAAAAGCAUGGUAUGUGCCCAAAAGGUGUAUACUUUCUGCAUGCCCUCCAAAAGGUAUAGUGUUUCCAUGUGUACACCAGUCGUUAAAUGAAGUGUUCAUUGUAUUCUCUGACUUCCUUGUUUGAGUAAUCAAGGGAUGCUGAACUAUGCAUACUGUCCCUGUCAAGAGACAAAAGUUUGGUGAUGAGGGCUGUGGUAAGGCAAAAACUACUCUUCAAAGGGUGUGUUCUCCUACAGGGUGGAGUACCAGAACAUCAUGGACAUGAUUGGGCUGUUCCUAAAGCAGCUGGUGCCACGUUUAGGCUGUUGUGGGGCAGCACGAGAUUCCCAAUAACUAUAGCUGUUUUACAACAAAUGUCAUCAUGUCCAAAAUGUGUUUUGCUGCAUAUAAUUAUGAACUUAUAUUCACAUGAGACGUAUUCUGGUUUUGAUCAUUGCGUGGUCAUGAUGCAGCAUGAAACGAUUACAUAGUCAUUGUGUGGCAGAAUGCAAAAUCAUUAGCUCGAGCAGGCAUCUCAUGGUUUCUUCUUUAAUGGUUGUUAUUGUUGUUGACAUUUGUACGUGUGACUUGUUUCUACAAAUAUUUUACUUCUAUUUACACUGGCUUUUUCAUACUAAUAUGUUGAGAAUAAAUAUGUCACUGUAUUUACCGUGCACUGACAUGUUUGCUGGGGUGAGUGAAAUAAGUGGUUGCAGUGUGCAUAAGCUUCAUUUUUUAAGAGUGACUGCAUUUAAAAAGUCUUGUGUGCAAUUGCCUAUGCAAUGUAAUAAUGAAGGAGUUGACAGUCAUUUUAAAGUCUGGGCUAUGUGCAUCAAUUUGUUCUGUAGUUUGUCUUCACAAGUUGAUGUUGGCAUGUCCUGAUGAGUGCAAGCACAUCUUUUACUGUUGUAAACACUAGUUGCAGAAACUAUAUUACCAUGCUCCAAUAGAAGCAUGCCUCGUAUGCCUUAUUUAGAGUCGAAAGGCAAAUCCCUGAAGAAUGACUGAAAUCAUAUUCAUGUGCCCAUUGCUACAUGAACAACUUAGUGAAAGAUUCAAAGUUUGCACUGUCUAUAUAACAUAACAGUCGGACUGUUGCUUUUGACGCAGGAUUUCAGAUAUUUUUUGUUUUAUGAUGGAACUUCAGCUUUUGAAUUUGCUUGAAAUAAAGCUGCAAAAGUCAUCUUGUAAAUAUACCUGAAAUAGACGACUGUACAUGAGCACAGUUGUUAAGCCUCCAAAAAAGUUUGCUAUUUGUUGCAAAAUUGAACCUACCUUAUAAUAUUAAUCGAUUAAUAACAGCAUAUCAUGUAAUGCGUCUGGAUAUCUCAAAGAGGCUGUCUUACUUCAACAUUGUCAAAAAAAAAAAAACAGCGUUGCUUUGUAAAUGAAUCGAUGCUUUUACAAUGUAACAAAGUGUGUACAUCACAUAUUGGGGAUGAUUUCUUGCUAAAGCAAACAUGAGAGGAUUUUGUAAUAUUUUGUUGCUAUUGUUAGGUGCCCUUUCUCACUGAUAACGGUCAAUAAAAAGGAGCCUACAUUCAUUA